CUUCGAUGCCAGAAGUAGGGGAGUGUGAGUUAGAUUUUGGAGUUCUUUAUGAUUUUGUUGUUUUUAUCACAAAACUUCUUAGUUGUGUUCGUUUACCUCGUGUUUGUUUUAUUUAAGUGUCUUUAGUUAGAUUUUAUAUAUUUAUAUAUCUAUAUUCUGUAUAGAUAUAUACGUAUAUAACCAAAAUGUGUGACGAAAGUAACCCGACAACGUUAUAUGUUGGUAAUCUAGACCAUUCAGUUUCUGAAGAGUUAUUGUGUACCUUAUUUUCUCAAAUUGGACAAAUUAAAGGUUGUAAAGUUAUUAGAGAGCCUGGAAAUGAUCCUUACGCAUUUGUUGACUUUACAAACCACCAAGGAGCUGCGACCGCUUUAGCUGCUAUGAACAAACGUGUGUUUCUGGAAAAAGAAAUGAAAGUUAAUUGGGCUACUUCUCCAGGUAAUCAGCCAAAAUUAGAUACUAGCAAUCAUCAUCAUAUAUUUGUUGGUGACUUAAGUCCUGAAAUAGAAACUCAGACUUUAAGAGAUGCAUUUGCACCUUUUGGUGAAAUUUCAAAUUGCAGAAUUGUUCGUGACCCCCAAACUCUCAAAUCUAAAGGUUAUGCUUUUGUUUCAUUUGUUAAAAAAGCAGAAGCUGAAAAUGCUAUAUUAGCAAUGAAUGGUCAAUGGCUUGGAAGUAGAAGUAUUAGAACAAAUUGGUCUACUCGGAAACCACCACCACCAAGGGAUAGUAGAAAUCGACAAAACAAUGCUAAAGCUCCCACUUUUGAUGAAGUUUACAAUCAGUCUAGCCCAACUAAUUGCACAGUGUAUUGCGGUGGGUUUGUUAGCGGAAUCUCAGAUGAAUUGAUGCAAAAAGUUUUUUCUCCAUUUGGAACUAUUCAAGAUAUUAGAUGUUUUAAAGACAAGGGUUAUGCAUUUAUCAAGUUUACUACCAAGGAAGCAGCCACUCAUGCUAUCGAAUCUGUUCAUAAUACUGAAAUUAAUGGCCAGGUUGUGAAAUGUUUUUGGGGUAAGGAAACGGCUGAUCCUAAUGCUGCUUUAAAUAAUUCUAGUAAUGCUAAUCAAGUUGGGGCAGCUCAGUGGUCAUAUAUGUAUGGUAAUAUGGGAGGAGGUUAUUGGUAUCCACAAGGAUAUUCUACUCCACAGAUGCAACAGCAGUAUCUUCAAGGUAUGCAAGGAUAUCCAUAUGGCCAAUUUGGCUAUCAACAAAAUUACGUAGGCAGAAUGGGUAUGCAGAUGCCAGCAGGUUCGUGGCCGGUUAUUGGAGCUCCUUCUGGAAGCGCACAAGGAAACCAACAAAUGGCACAAGCUUCAGGUAUGCAACCUCCAAACAAUAUGAUGGCCUAUACUAUGCAACAAUUUCAAACACAGUGACGAAUUCCGUUAAUUGUAAAUAUUUUUUGUUUAUUUAAAAAGGUACGCUACCACGGAAUUAAAUAGUUACAAGUUAACCUCGAAGUGAUUUGAAAGUAGACAUGCCUUCCGUUUCUGUGUAAAUUUGUCCAUUGGGCGUGCGGGGAUAUGGGGGGUUUACUUAAUAGGCCAUUUUUAAUGACAGGUUCACCUCAAAAAGAUACUUUAAAUAUAUAUGUAAUUAAAUAUCUAUAUAAACCAUAAAUUAGUACUAAGGCCAAUAGUGCAGGUUGGUUAGUAAUUACUUAUUUCUGUUAUAAUCAAUACUUAUUAAUUACUAAGUACAAAUAAAAAUCUUAAUUUAGAUUUUUGGUAGCAAUAUGAGAAUAAUGUAUUUUUUCCCUGAAUUCAGUUAUUUAUUGUAUACGUCUUAUUGAUUUGAUCCUUCAUAAUUAGGUAUACAAGUUGAUCAAUUCCAUAAAACAUUAAAUUAAUGUUUUUGUUUUAUUGGUUUGAUUCUAUAUAAUCUAGCUUACCUGCAUAUAUAUUGUUAACAUUGUAUAUAUAAAAUCUUUUAGAAAAAAAAACAAAAAACAAUGAACCUGUCGUUGUUUUGUAUUACUGAAAAGGUGGUAUUAUCAGUAGUACCAAAAAAGAAAUUAAUGUAAAAACUUUAUUUGUAUGCAAUAGAUGAAUUAAUAUUUGAUAUUAAAAAUUUGAUCUUUUUUUUAUUGUUAAACUUAAGCCUGAUUACGAAAGUUACAAAUUUUAUUUUCAUCAUUGUUCAAAGUUGAAAAAUUAAUAUUUUUUUGUUUUUAUUUUUUUAGGAGUAUUUGUAUUUAUGCAUGUAAUCGUCUCAGUUUAAUGAGGUAGUGAUACAUGCAUUGCUUUAACUCCUCUGACAAUAUAAUUAUUCUGAUGAAAUUUGAUAACUUAAAGUUGUUUUAUAUUAACAUCGUUGGUGUGUUAAUGCUUUUGAUUAAAUAAUUGUUUUUUUUUAAACAAAAUAAUAAAAAAUUAAAUGUAGAAAAAGGGUUUUAAGUUGGCAAUAAAACAAAAGAAAUAUUGCUUUAUAUUGAAAAAAAAAUCCUGAGAAAUACAGAAUUAGUAUGAUUAUAGAGGGCAAGGGUUACAUCUUAUGACAUUUUUUACUUGUGUGUAUGUAUGUAAAUACUAAAAAAAAAAAAAGAAGGUAUUCAUUAAGUUAAAAACAAAAAUGUACAAAUUCACAUAUAUUUUUUCUAAAUAUUCUUAUCAUCCUUUGUAGAAUUUUACCGGCUAUUUAUAGUUAUAUUUAUGGCUUUUGUUAGUUCAUUUAUAUUAUUACUGGGCAGGGAAGAAAUUAGCAUAACUGUUUCAUUAAUUUUACAAUUGCAUAACUACUUUGGAAAACGUAACUUAUAUGGUUUUAAAAGUUCUCUUAUAAGUUGAAAAACUUUUUUUCUAGAACAUUCGUAAAACGUAAAUGUUCGUUUAUGUUGUAAUUUGUACUGCCCACAUGUAUGUAAUAAUUGUGGCAGUAGUUUUUUGAUGCUACAUAUAAAAGUAUGUAAAAUAAUUGUACAUAUUUAUAUGUACCACUUUAUAGCUGACUUAAGUUUCUGAUGUUAACUUUCUCACUGGCAAAAGUUUUCAUUUUAUGAUUCUGAUGACGUUAUGUGAUACUAUUUAUUUUAUUAUUGCAGUUUUUUGGUUAUAUAAAAUUAACAGGCUUAUACUUCUGUUACUUCAAUCGUUAUGUUUAGACUCAUUAGUUAAUUAGUCUUUAUGAUAGAUAAAUAUUUUUUUACACUUCACUGUAUCUUAUUAUUACAUCAUUACAGUUAUGAAGUUUAAACUGAAUUCUCAUAAAUCUUGAGUUUUAAUUUUUCAGUGUAAAAAAUACAUGUAUAAAUUAAUUUGUUAAGGAUCUUCUCAAAAACCCCUUAACGUUCAAUAACCCAUAUUUUAAAAAUUUUCUCUCUUCAAUGGUAGAUGCCAAGGUAUAAUUGUAUAAUGGUAGAUAGUUAAUUGUAUAAUUCUAAAAUGAAGUAGUGAAUAAUUAACAGAUUAUGGUAUUUACAGGAAUGUAUAUUCACACCUGACAUAAGCAAAAGGCAUUUUAAUUAUUACUUUAAAAUACGGUGUAUUUAAAUUGUUUCCAGAAAAAUUAUCUCAAAUACAAUUACUUAAACAUAUUAAUUUUUUGUGAAGAAAGAAGUUAAUAUAAUGAAUGAGGGUAUUAGGAAACAUUUGGUAACUUUUUAAAUAAUUCAUAAUAAAUUAUUUUAAUCAAUUAAUAUUUGUUCUGAAUAAUCACAAAAGUGACACUACUCUUCAAGGUAUUAUAAUAAUUGAAUCCUUCCUUUUUCUUUGCUAAAAAAAUAGUUACAAUACUUAAUAAUUCUUUAACAAAUAUUAUUGAAGAAUAAAUCACAUGGUUUAUUUUUUCAGCAAAAUGUGCUGGUAGCCCACCUAUAAGUGUUUAUUCAAAAAGGUUUGUUCUGUCCUUUCCUAUGAUCAGACCAUGGAGUCUCAUAUUUUUUUAGGGCUAGCCAAUCUCAUGGUCAAGAUAAUUUAUCUCAAAUUAACACCACCAUAACACCCCACAAAAUUUCCAAGCUCUAUUUCUACAGGCAAGAAUUUCUGUUCAAACAAUCAUACAUUCUACACAACUAAUGGAAUCUAUUCUUUUGGAUAAUUUGUUUUUAUUGUAAUUUAUAUAAAAAAUAAAAAACCUCUUUAUAAGAAGAGUUACAAACAAUGUGUUUUAUAUUUGACUUCUUAAAAUGCAAAAUACAAAAAAAAAUUGUCUUCUUGAAAAAUGGCCUACGUCUGAUUUGAACAGAUUAUGUAUACCUUGGCAUCUUUUUUUACACUAACAGAAUGUGUGGUUCAUGAAUGAAUAUUAUUCCUAUGUCUUGUUAAAACUGUCCAGAGAGGUUAAAUAGAUUGAAUUUAUUAAAUUCAAAUUAAGGAAUUUUAAGUUAUGAUCUGUUCCUGUUUAAUGUUUUUUUAUAAAUUAUCCAUAAUUAUUUGAAAAUUUUAUGACAUACAUUAUUGUUUGAACUAAUUAAAUGAUUUUUACAGAAGAUUUAACAAAAAUUAACAGUGAUUAUUUAAAGCUGUCAUUAUGAAAUCUAAACAAUUUACAUAUUUUAUGUAGUUUUCCGUACCAAUCGUCUUAAGUCAUCUGUUCAGUUAUUCUGGGCUUUGUUAUUUGUUAUCUUCUUUAUUAUAUGUUUCCACUGGGCCAUAUCCUGAAGGAGACAGAAAAUAUUUUACUGAUCCUUUCAAUUCAUUCAUUUGUAAAAAUAGGAUGCAAGGAUGUCGUAUCCCUGCACGAAUGUUGGUAUCAGAAAUAUUGAUUAUUCACGUUUUAUAUUUUUUUUUUUAGUAUAACAAAGGAACAUAUCUUUUAUUCAGUAUAACAGGCUUAUGUGUUAUCUAGAAGUUGUCAUAAAAGAUAGGUUUUGUCACAAUUAUACUUGGACAAGCCUGAAACUGUAUGCUUUUCUCGGUACUACUAGUUGUCAUCAAAAUAUCUUUUAUCCGCCCCGCUGUCAAGGACCCCCAUGGCUAAAGGAUCUAUACUUAAAAUCAAGGGCCCAUUAGUUGGAUUGUUGGUCUAUUAAGGGAAACAGAAGCCCUGAUAGCAGUGUUUUUAGUUAAAGCAGUAAUUUCAAGAAUUAUUAAUAAUUCUAAUGAAUUAGAUGCAUCUAAUUACAAUAUGUUGGUCAUAACAGUGUUUGGGAGAAAGUGGACUCAGACUAACAUGGCAUUAUCUAAAAGUACUAUUGCUGUAAGCCUUAUUGAUAAAACUAUGAAUUUCUAAAUAAUAUCUGUGAUAUCAAAACUUAUUUGGGAAUAUAACAUUAAUUGGAUAUAUAUAUAUAUACAAUUUCUAUUUACUCCCAGUACUGUUGUUAUUUUCUCAAAAUAUUUCUUUCUAAUUUUUUUAAUCUGAUAUAUAUUAUAUAUUAAUCUCAGGAUGUGGAAGUUUUGUUGUUAGUACAAAAUUAUGGGUACCAAUCAUAUAUGUGCCUCUUUUUUUUGCCAUUAAGUUAUGAUAGAUGUGGAUAUUUUUAUUAUUAGUAGUUAUAAUUAACUUUCAUAUUGAUUUUCAAUUAUUUUUAUAAUUUUGGGCAAUAGUUUUAUUCAUUCAUUUAUUUAUUUCUUGUAACUACUGUUUGUUCAAUUUACAGUCUGUAUUACCAUUUCAGCAGGCAAUGUUGGAAACAAAACAAUUAAAUAUGAAAUAUAUACCUCUCCUUGUAUUUAUUAAUGGUUUUCUCUUCAGAAUCAUGAAAUGAAAUGUAACUUUAAAAAAUGCUAAUAUUCAUUUACACAUGUAUAUAUUUGUUUAUUAAGAGAUGGGCAGUUAAAUCAGAACAAAAAAGAAACGUGACGGUAUAAUCCUAUUUAACUGAAUUUCUGCUCUCUUCAAUUUUCGUAACAUGAAUUAUGUAUACUUCAGCUCCAUUAAUUUUUUAUUGUUUAUUUAUUUUUUUAAUUUACAAUUUUCAUGUCUUCUCAUCUUAUUUUAUUCAAUAUAAUUCACCUGCCUCAGAUAUUAGCAAUAAAAAGUUCAUAGUUCGUUAAUCAUAUAUUCAGCUGAUGAUAGAAGACUUUAUCAGAAUGACCUAUCAAAAAAAGGGUUGAUUAUAUCUGUAUACAGUCAUGUGCUUUUGAAUGAUUGAUUGUAAACAGCAAAAUCUCAAGUUUCAUUUCUGUAUUAAGGAUGACUGUUCCAUCAAUAAAUAUUUAUGUUUACAACUAUUAUAAAUUAUUUAAUACAUACUAUAUAUUAUGCAUUAAUUGUACAUUGAUAUGUAUAAUUAUUCACCAUGUAAAUAUAUAUAUUGCAUUCAGAUUCUGAUUUUGUUCUGUUAAUCUAGAAGUUAUUUUGUUUUUGCUGGUACCAACAUUUCAACUUAAAAUUCCUUUAUCAAAAUUCUGCAAUAUACAUAUUACUGAUGGUUUAGUCUAAGAUUCUUCAAAUCGUGAUGAACACUAGAUUCAAAUGAUUAAAGCAAUGUUAUAAAUGAAUUACAAUAUCACUAUUUUUAGUUAUUGUUGCUAAAAAUGAAGCAAUUAUUUUUGUUUGUAUUGUUUCAUUUUAAUAUUAUUUUGUGUACUGUAUAAAUAUGUUUUGAUAUUCCAUUUAAUAUUAAUUUAAAUGUUGUCAAAAUUAGUUGUUUUUUUUUUGUUGCUUUUUAAUUUUACAUUACAUGAAAUUAUACAUUGUGAAAUUAUUGUUCAGAGAUUCUGCUUAUUCUAAAUUUGUAAUUCAGGUCAUCACUUAAUAUUUGUAUUGACAUUAUUUUUAUUACUUUUUCCACAUAUUUCAUAUUGUAUAGAAUAUAUCAGAUUUAUGAGCACAACUUUUUGUUCAUCCCACAAGGGUUAAAUGUGUACCAGUUUCGAAAGGAAAUAGUUUUUUUUUUUUUUUUUUUUCCUUUGCCUCAAAAUUAUUUUACCUUAUUUGUAAUUUACCUUGCUUCUGAUAUAUUUUUCAUAUAUAUUGUUUUUUUAUGAAAUUAAAAAAAAGAAAUUCCUGUUGUCACAUAUUAAUUCUUAUAUUUGUAAAAAUAUAGUCAUGUAUAUUCAUUGAAUAAAAAAAACAGUGAAGUGA